CCGUACAAAUAGCUAAUGUUUAUUGCAUUAAAAUAUAUAUUAUUCUCCAUGUUUUCAAUCGGGUGCUUUCUCAUCCCUCACUCUAUAAAUAAACAUAGAAGGUGGCUGGUUGGAACCAAAUUAAGCAUUAAGUGCCUUGUUACAUAUUUUGUUAGUUCAUAAUAUCUCCGUGCUUUGUGACUCGAUCAUUUUCUUAGUUCAAAGAGAGAUGGCAUCUCCAAACACAAACCAAGAGAAAGAAGGGGUAGUCGGUCGAGUAUUGGCCUUGCCAAAGGUUGUUAAGGAGAAGGUGUUGGGCAUUUCUAGGUUAACAAAAGAGAUAGCACAAGAUGAUCCUAGAAAAGUGAUUCAUUCAGUAAAAGUUGGUCUUUCAAUUUCGAUGGUUUCUCUAUUCUAUUACUACCAACCAUUAUAUGAAAAUUUUGGUCUUUCAGCAAUGUGGGCUGUGAUGACUGUAGUGGUGGUUUUUGAGUACACAGUCGGAGCCACUCUAGGAAAAGGUUUGAAUAGGACAAUUGCAACGUUUGGAGCUGGUGCUCUUGGUGUUGGGGCUCAUCACUUAGCUAGCCUAUCUGGAGCAACAGCGGAACCCAUAUUGAUUGGCGCGUUUGUCUUCGUGUUAGCUGCCAUAGCAUCAUUUAUAAGGUUUUUUCCGAAAGUGAAGGCAAGAUAUGAUUACGGGAUGCUUAUAUUCAUCUUGACAUUUUCUUUGAUAUCCGUUUCUGGUUUUCGAGACGACGAGGUAUUGGAAAUGGCACACAAGAGGUUAUCAACUAUUAUUAUAGGCGGGUCAGCUUGUGGGAUGAUUUCCAUUUUUGUUUGUCCUGUGUGGGCUGGUGAAGAGUUCCAUUAUUCCACUGCUAACAAGUUGGAAAUACUCAGCAACUUCUUGGAAGCUUUUGUGCGGGAAUACUUCAAAAUAUCAAAAGAAGGAGAAUCUGAAGAUAAUAUAGGAGAUUCUAAAGAUAAGGCAUAUUUAGAAGGUUACAAAAAAGUUAUUAAUUCUAAAAGUAGCGAUGACUCUCUGGUCAAUUUUGCAAGAUGGGAGCCAGGUCAUGGAAAGUUCAAAUUUCGUCAUCCUUGGGACCUAUACCUCCAAAUUGGUGCCUUUUCUCGCCAAUGUGCAUAUCGAAUGGAAGCUCUAAAUGCACACCUUAGUUCUGACAUCCAAGGAUCCCUUGAAAUUCAUUGCACCAUCCAAGAGCUAUGCUUGGAAAUGAGUUUGGAAUCUAGCAAAGCUUUGAAGGAACUAGGAUCAUCAAUCAAAACAAUGACUAGGUCAUCUUCUUCAAAUAGACAUGUUGCAAAUGCAAAAGUUAUAGUGAAGAGCCUCAAGUCAUUAUUCCAAUCAAGCUCAUGGAAUGAAACAGACCUUUUAUCACUUAUACCAGUUGUGACAGUGGCCUCACUACUUAUUGAUAUUGUCGAAUUCACAGAGAAAAUAGCAGAUUCAGUUAAUGAUCUUUCCACCCUUACACAUUUUCGUAUUGAAGAUAUAGAUAAAUCUCCAAAACCAAAACCAUCACAAUCUUCAAAUUGUGAAUGCAUUGAAUCGAGUCCUAAGACUGAUAGCCUCCAACUUGUUAUUCUUGUUGAGGAGUCAAUGCUAGCUCUGUCAGAGAGUGAAAAAUCAAACAUAGUUUGACAAUACAUAAAGGAAUGUAACAAUCAUCAUUGCUUCAAAAUUGAAUUAAAAUUAUUCACAAUAAACUAAUAGUGCAUUACAUUAUAGUGAGCAUUCAGAAGAGAUAUACCCUGGUGUUUCUUAGACCAUGAAGGGUAUCUUGUGUACAAUAAUGUAAAAAUCGUAUUGUGAAUUUCAAUAGAUUAGAGACAAACACUCUCAUUUUACU